AUGGAUGAGGGACCAGUGUCAGGAGGCAGGGGGCCCGGUGCCAAAGGUGUCGGCCGCUCAGGUGUCACCAGCUGGCCGUGUGAAGAGAGAGCAGAGAACAGGAGAUCAACAGCUGUGCAGGUAUCAGAUCACCUAGUGGAAAGACACAUUCAGCUCCGUACGCGGACGAGACAACAGGAAUCAAUGAGAAGAACCAGGAGACACAGCCAGACUCUCCUCCAGGAUCUCUGUUAUAGAGGGGUCCAUGGAGGAGACAGAGAUACUCCUAUCCCAGCUCAGCCUGGCAGAGACGCUAAAAUGAUCCACUCCAUUGCCAGUCUGAUCAGAGCCAAGAGCAAACUCCUCCUCCUUGAAAAUCCUGACACUGUGGAGAUCUAUAAGCUGGAUGAUUCAACGACCCGUCCUGGAAGAACUGCUAAAGACGAUGUUUACCUCCCAGCAAUCACAGCAAAGGCAUCAAGCCUCACCUCACUGAGAGGUGCUCUGAGUCAGUCCUGUCCUUACCUGUAUGACAAAAGAAGAGGAUCUUUCUCCUCAGUGACCUCUCAGAGAACUGGAGCUCUCCCUAAAAGACAGAGUACCCUGAAGGCACAAAAAGAGGCAAAGAAAUCCAACGUUACUGUAACAAUGACCUACCUGGGACAAGGUCGUCGGGGGUCGGGGCUGGGGUCGACCCAGGAUGAGCUGAAGGUGCUCCAGCAAGUCAACGGAGGGGAGAAUAUCUGUGUCUUCAAAGGCUUGGUGACGCCAGGAGAGCAGUUCCACUUUGUCUCUCAGAGACACAGAGGUUUCCCCUUCAGCGCCACUUUGUACGUUAACGGCAUCAUGGUGGCCAGAAUCAGUUCCUGCUGCGAGUACCGCUACGCUCCCGGCUUCCAGCAGGGCAGGAAGAGCUGCUUCAGAUUGGCUUGGCUCGCUGGUGGGAUACCCUGCUACAGAUGUACAAGUCUCCGAAACAAAUACAGCUCCUGCCAGCAGCUGAACAACGGCACAAAAGAGAACUUAAUUCUCCCUCCAGAGCCGGGCCCUGGCAAUGGCACCAUCGAGUCAUGUCCGUCAUCCCCUCUGUUUAUCCCAGCCAAACCAGAGAAGAAAUCAACAAGGAGGUCAAGAAAACACAUCAAGGAAGGCGGCGGAGGAUCCACAGACAGCGAAGACCCCGCUGUUGCAGGGAUUAAAGAGACCUCCAAGAAGAAACGACGCAAGGGUCAAACUAAUCAGAAAGAGAGCAAAGGCAAGACAGCCGGAAAUAAGAGGGAAGAGGGACGGGACAAAAAGGGCUCGGAGGUCUCGCGGAGGUCAACGGUGACAGAAAAAUGUGAAGCCAGAGUGUCGUCUGCCACACAAGAGCAGCAACAGCAGAAAACAACCAGAGAUGUCACGGCACUGCAGACAGAGCAGCCGCGAUCCAACAAGACAAGCAAAGUUCUCGAUUCAUUGCAGGAUGAGGAAGCACUGACUAAGCAGAAUGGAGAGGAACAGAAGGAACCGGGAUCAAAUGGGAAAAACAGAGAUGGGGAAAGACUGAAGGACUUCUAUGAAGAAUGUGUGGAAAUGAGCGCUGCGCUGGAGCGGGGCCCAAACAAACAUAACUGGUUCAAGGCAAACAUCCUGGAGAGGUGCCGGCUCCAAAAGAGGCUGUCAUCGUGCCCCAAAGCUCCAGGCUCAGAUGUGGAGUGCAGUGCAGAAAGUGACACGGUCCUGCAGCCUGAUGGAGAGCCAGAGGAAGAAGAGGACACGGCCAGCCAGAGUGCUGGCAAAGAAGAGCCUGUGAAAGAACAAGACCUGCAGGCGCAGCUGGACGCCAUGAUGACGGUGCUGAGCACAUCAGAUGAGGUGGAGCAGCUGGUUCUGAGGAACACAGAUCUGACAGACGACCUUCUGCUGAGCCUGGCGGGGGCCCUGAAGAGCAGCCCGUCCGAGGUCACGCUGCUCAACCUCAACCUCAACCUCAUUGGCCCGUACGGUGCUCACAUCCUGCUGGACGUUCUGAGAGUGAAGCCUCAGGUCAGAGGCUUACACCUGUUUGGAAACAAACUGCGUGACCAUGGAGUGCUGACCUUGCUGAAUGGAAUAGCUGAGCUACAGGAGCAAACGGCGAGAACUGCUGCUGCCAUCCAACAGGCCACGCUCUUCCCUUCGGAGCAGAACAUGCUGCUGCAGCUCCCCACCGGGUGGAACUCUUUCAGGGUUUUUGCGCUUCUAGAGCUGGAUAUCGGGGGAAAUGGCUUGAGCAGUGACGGGGUGAAAGUGCUAGCAUCGUACAUGAGGCACCACUCGUAUCUUCAGUAUUUGGGGCUGGCGCAGACUAGUGGCGCUGAUCUGGCGGCGUGGAAGGAACUUUUCGACAGCCUGAGAGGAAACGGCUCACUGACUCAGAUUAUCUUAGAUGAGAACAACUUGGGGGACCCGGGUGUCAGGCUGCUGGCCGACAUGCUCAAAGAGAAUGUGAGUCUGCAGCAGGUGGAUCUGGACAGAAACGGCAUCAGUGACGUAGGAGGAAAUGACAUCAUGGGGGCGUUGCUUUGCAGGACGCAGUUCCCGCUAAGGCAUCUGAGCCUUCAGGAGAACAACAUCAGUGUGGGACUAAUGAGUAGGAUACAGGAGGAGCUCUGCAAAAGUCUGGUGUACCCCACCUCUCGCCUGAUGUCAGCUGGGAUCAGCUCCAGCUCUCCUGUGACCUCUGAAUAG